AUGAAUAAGGGAAAGAAAAAGUGUGUGGAAGACUAUAGUUCCGUCUCAAAAGAAUGUCUGAAGGAAGGAGACUCAAAGGAACAGGUAGAAGCGAAAAACUUGGAGUUUGAAGAUCAUUCAAUCAAGGACCAAGAAGCAUCCGUCAUCAUAGAAUCGGAAGAUAGGAGACAGGAUCAAGAGUCUGGAGACCCUGUAAGUACAGGGACCAAAGACGCAGAAUCAGAAGAAAAAAUUAAGGACAUUGUUGAUGAAUCCAAGCAUGAUUGUCAAGACAAGAGUCACAAAAUUGUGACAGAAGUCGGAGUUGAGACAAGCUUAGACAACACCAAGGUGAAUGAAGAGCUUGUGAAUUUGAGCUCGGUCAAGAUGAGUCUAGAAACUUGUGAGAGUGAUGCUAAUCAAGAGACUAAAGAAGUCGAAAAUCCACAACAUGAACUGGAGAAAACAGAAUCAGCCUUGGAACCAGAAGUGAAUGAAGUUGAACAAGCCAAAGCUGUGCCUGAAACAUCAUCCGAAUGCUUAUCUCAAAGUGUUCAAACUUCUACCACGACAUUGGCUUCCGAGCAAGAAAUUGAAACCACACAAUUGAGUGAGAAGAUAGAAGAACAGAUACAAGAGGUUGCUGAAAUAGUUAAACAUGAGAGUUCGGAGGAUUCUUCAGAAACAAAAACAAUGGAAGAGGUAAGCUUGCAAAAGGAAGAAGAGACAGAGCCCAAGGUUGUUUCAGUAGAAGAAACCAUAGUUGAUCAGGGUCUUCAAAAUGAGGAACCCAAAGAUCAAAUUCAGAAAACAUCUUUGACAUUGCCUUCUAAGGAUGAAUUAUCUGAUGCAAAGCAAACGGCAGAGAUAUGCUUGGAAAAAGAAGAGGUUGAUGAGCUUGGAGAUGGUAAGAAAGCUGAAACUGGUGCUGCUUGUGCUAUUCAAGUGGAGGAACCAAAGGAUCAAAUUCAAGCUUUAGCAUUACCUGAUGCUGUUGUGGGUCAAGAAACUACUGUUUCCCAAGCUUCAAUAACCGAGGAACCAACUAAGCUUGAAACAAAGGAAGAUGACAAAACAAUGGAAAAUGAAGUGAAAGAAGAUGAGAGUCCAGAGAAGAUCCAAGAACAAGAACAGAGGUUGAAGGAGCCUCAAGUGUCGAAGUUGAGACAAGUGAGAAGGCUUUUGACAAUGAAUUAA